AUGUUCCAGAUCGAAGAUGCUCCAAUGUACAAGCACCGCGGAGUGUCGCUCGACACUAGCCGGAAUUUCUUCCCAAUAUCCGAUUUGAAGCGAAUCGUCGACGGUCUCGCGAUGAACAAGCUGAACGUAUUCCACUGGCACAUGACCGACACUCACAGCUUCCCGUUCAACGUGACGAAGUGGCCGCAGAUGGCGUCGGACGGGGCUUACUCUUCGGAUAUGGUAUACCAACCGGCGGAUGUGAAGGACUUUGUGGAGUACGCGAGAAUGCGUGGUGUGAAAGUGAUCCCGGAACUAGAUGCACCAGCCCAUUGUGGCAACGGCUGGACUUGGGGGAACGAGUUGGGACUCGGAGACCUGGUGUGGUGUGCCAACGAGGACCCAUGGUACGACCUAUGUGUCGAGCCCCCUUGCGGACAGUUGAAUCCGCUGAAUGAAAAUGUUUUCCAGGUACGAAUCCCGGAUUUGCGCAUUCGACUCUUGAGUUUUUUUCUUCUUGGAAUCAUUACAGCGUAUUUACUCGAGUUCCACAUUCACCUUUUUCCAAAAAUGAAGAUUCUUCGUGAUAUUUACGCCGAAUGGUCUACCCUUUUUGAUACUGACCUGAUUCACCUGGGCGGAGACGAGCUGAGCAAAAAGUGUUGGGAAAGAGAGCCGUCAGUUCAGAGUUGGAUUGCUAAGAACGCUUCUGCAGUGGAAGAAAGCAAAAGGAUUGUUUACUUCUGGUGGGAGGCGUUUCAGAAGCGCGCCGAGAAUUUACUUGAGACUGCUUUUGGGAAGAACCAUGAUGUGAUUUUGUGGACCAGUGCCUUGACGAAAGACGGCAUCGAAUUUUUGGACAAGGAUAAACAUGUGAUUCAAAUUUGGACAGAGUCCAAUAACAAGGAAAUCGGCAACCUCUUACGCUUGGGAUUCAGGUUGAUCAUGUCAAACGUGGACGCGUUGUACCUGGAUUGCGGUUUCCAAGCCUGGGUCGGAGACGGACACAAUUGGUGUUCCCCGUACAAAACGUGGCAGCAGAUUUACGAUAAUGACCCCAGGGACAUUAUGAAGCAGCACGCGCCUGAAAUGAGCGACGAAGCGAUUGAGCGACUCUCACUCGGCGCCGAGGGGGCUUUGUGGACUGAGCAGGUUGACGUUGCCAGCGUGGACUCACGCUUGUUCCCACGUCUCGUCGCCUUGGCUGAGAGGUUGUGGACCCGUCCGAAAAACGCUCGGACAGACAAGGUUCUGUGGCGGUUGCAGGCGCAAAGAAGCCGGAUGAUGUAUUUGGGCGUGAAUUCCGACGCUCUACUUCCGGAGUGGUGCAUGCAAAACGAAGGCAGAUGCACUCGUCUUCCGCAGGACCGGAAGCUCGAGAUCGACGACGGAGGACUCGACCUCAAGAAGCGGUCUCCUUGGACAUGGGAAUGCAAUUGGACGAACGAAACUUGUGAAAGGGUGAAACGGGCGACAUCUGUAUCACUCGUGCAAACCAGUUAUGAAGCAUGUCGUAUUGCCUGUGGUUCUUAUGGACGUUUGUGGCCAAAACCAACGGGAAACGUGGAUCUUGGUCGUAAGAUUGGGCGAGUGACGCCAUCCAAGUUUCUCCUCUUCCUUGAUGGAGAGCGAACAGAGAGAUUAACUGAUGAGCUUCGAGAUUCUUUCUUCAAUUUUCUGCAACGCAUACAAGCUCUGGCAUUCGGGAGGCCUGUGGAUCCGAGAAACGUUGGGAUUGACGUAAGGAUUAUGGUCGCAAGCGAUGCCUUUACGCUAGACUACAAUACUGACGAGAGUUACGAACUGACGAUCGAAUCUCCAUCGAAACGUGGGAAGAAUUUCGUUGCUGCAAUCGACGCAAAAACGUAUUUUGGAGCAAGACAUGCCUUUGAAACGUUGUCACAGCUGAUCGCCUUUGACGAAUUCUUGCAGUCCUACUAUUUAGUUACUUCAGCAAAGAUAACUGACAGUCCUGUCUACAAGCACCGCGGAGUCAUGUUGGACACGAGCCGGAAUUUCUUCCCCAUAUCCGAUUUGAAGCGAAUCGUCGACGGUCUCGCGAUGAACAAGCUAAACGUAUUCCACUGGCACAUGACCGACACUCACAGCUUCCCGUUCAACGUGACGAAGUGGCCGCAAAUGGCGUCGGAGGGGUCUUACGCGUCGGAUAUGGUGUACCAACCAGCGGAUGUGAAGGACUUUGUGGAAUACGCGAGAAUGCGCGGUGUGAAAGUGAUCCCGGAACUAGAUGCACCAGCCCAUUGUGGCAACGGCUGGACUUGGGGGAACGAGUUGGGACUCGGAGACCUGGUGUGGUGUGCCAACGAGGACCCGUGGUACAAACUGUGUGUUGAGCCUCCUUGCGGCCAGCUCAAUCCUCUCAAUGAUGGCGUUUUCACGAUUUUACACGACAUUUACGCGGAAUGGUCCACUAUUUUCGACAAGGACAUGAUUCACCUCGGCGGGGACGAGUUGAGCGAGAUUUGUUGGACAAGAGAGAAGGUGGUGAAAGACUGGAUCAGUCAAAAUGCAGCGGGAAUGAGUACUUCUGAUGCCAUCAAAAAGCUUUGGUGGGAAGCCUUUGAGAAACGCGCCGAACAAGAGCUUGGGAAAUCGUACAACGCCAACGCUUCUGUGAUUCUCUGGACCAGUGGUCUGACUGAGGCUGCCGAGGAAUACCUGGACCCGCGGAAGCAUAUUGUUCAAGUCUGGUCUGAAGCUAAUGAUAAGGGAAUUGGACUUCUUGCGAAUGCUAGUUUCAGACUCAUCAUGUCAAACGUGGACGCCCUGUACAUGGACUGCGGUUUCCAAGCCUGGGUCGGGGAUGGUCAUAAUUGGUGUUCGCCGUACAAGACGUGGCAGGGUGUUUACGACAACGAUCCCAUCGAUAUAAUCACCUCGCAUUCGCCAGGACUGGGUGAGGAGACGAUCCGAGAGCUUGCCCUUGGAGCAGAGGCUGUGCUGUGGACUGAGCAGGCUGACGAUGUCAACGUGUUCACCAGGCUGUUUCCGCGGGUUGCUGCACUGGGGGAAAGAUUAUGGACCCGUCCUGCCAACGGAACCAGAAGAGACCAGGAUGCCUGGAGGCUUCAAGCUCAUGGAACGCGGAUGAAGUCCUUGGGUAUUCUCGGUGACGCUUUGUUACCUCAGUAUUGCAUGCAGAAUGAAGGAAAGUGCGAAAAAUAUCCGGAUAAUGCGGAUAUGUCACUCGACGACCGGAAGGUCCUCAGCCCAGUGGAUUCGAAAUGGACGGAUGUGAAUGACUGGCGACGUCGGAAGUCGGUUAUGUUCAUGCCUGCCAAAACAGCGAAAGGGUUGUUGGAGGCAGCGUUCAUGGAUAGACCGGAGGAUCGCGUUGAAAGUGAAGCAAGUACUGAGGGUGAGGAUGAUGACGAGGAACAGUUGCGUACAGCUGCCGGAGGAGACGCGGGAAUAGACAGUGAUGACGCAGCGAGUGAGGAUGCGUCAACCGCUUGCUCCCAGGUGUCUGUGGCUGUCGCAUCCCUGGCUUGGAAAACUUCGCAAGUCUAUAACUCUCUGAAUCCGCCACUCAGACGUGGUUGUUCGGACUCGAAAACACGCGGCGAGGAAGCAACUUCAGCUACCGAGAAGAACGCGGACGCUGUGAAGGAUGAUGAAUUUUUCAGUUCAUACUGUGGCGAGCAUUACGACCUAGGUUCCGUAGAUGUGGGAUUGGGCUCUUUCGUUAGUCCAUCAUCAGAGGACUCCCCUGGACAACACAAUACUGAGGGCUCACCCGAGAUAGCGGUGGAUGAUUUAGAAUUACGGCGACGAAAUGAAACUUACGAAAGGAACUUGGAAAACCUGGAGAACUUCCUCAAAAAUAACGAAAUGGCCCUUGACGACGACGAUGGCUAUUCCGCCGUUGAAUCCGCCCAGUUGAAAUUUAACGGUCGAGAAGCCAGUGGACGAGCGAACGUUUCCGUAACCUCAAGUGAGGUUGCCGUCAGAGAUGUCUCUCUGAACGAAGUAGAUCGCGUGUUGCAACAAGUCCGCCGAGUGCGAGAUAACAUCCAGCAGAUCCACGAUCAGCGCAAGCAACGCAUUGCGGCUCGUAAGCGCGCGCUUCUCGAGCAAGAGCGCCAACAGGACAUGGCUGCUCUCUAUGCUGCGACUCUGCCGCCAGCACCAGCAGCAGCAUCAGUUGGGUCCCUUCCCGUCACACCAGCACCAAUCUCGGUAGUCAAGUUGGAAGAAUUAGAAGAACUUCUCAACAGGCGUGAGCAAUGCCGGGCACCACCUACGCAAGUGACCUAUCAGGAAAAGUUGUUCCGUGAAGUUGGAACUGAACCUGAUCAACACUUGGUCGUAGAACCUGAGAGUGUUAUUCCAGCACCGACGGAGUUGCCAGAAACUGUUGCGUCAGCGCUUCAGGAACUUGGUGAUGGAUUGCAGCGCUUGAGGGAUCUGGAAGCCAGAACCUUGCAAUUUUUGGAACAUUUGGAAAACCGGUUCUCUUCUGUUAGAUCGCCGGAAAUGAACGAAAGUCCCAUCAUCGAUUCGGAGCUCAUCGCCAAGAAGCUGCAGAGUUCUGCCGUCUGCAAUGGUUCUCGCCAGAACAACACCAGUGCCGUAUCAUUGCCGAGUUUGAAGGUGGACCUGCUGGCAAACAACCAGAAAUUGCAAAGGCCAUCGGAAAAAGUGCCGGAAAAGUUUCCUCUUGAAGAAGGUCGCAGAGUUGAUUUUGUUACCCAAGCCCCGCUUCGGAUUCCAACGAGCAGCAGAAGAUCGCCUGUGGCUGCAAUUCAGUCGAAUUCGCCGCCGGAUUUUGAGUUGGGCGAAGGUUUGGACAUGCGCUCUGAUGAAGGAGAUUCUUCGAAUUUGACGGGGAUGAAACGGAGACAAUCCGAGUAUGCGAGUGCUUCAGCGAGAGUACAGCAGAAUAAGCCGACUUCCAGUGAAAUCUACGCCAAGAUUUCCCAGUAUCAACGUGAUCUCAUGGACCGGAACAGAUUCAAGUACACAAAAGGUUAUCGGAGGGGAUUGAAAACAGCAUCGAGGGUCAUAAUGGGCAGAGAAGCGCCAGCACAAAGCAGCACUCAUCAUCGCAACAGUGCAAAUACGACAUUAGCAGCCUCAGCUGGUGUAGCAGCAGGAAGCAGCAUGAGUUCUCAUCCGGAUCAGGGAAUGGAUCACGAAGCUCUCUUGCCGCACACCUCUUCGGAGUUGACCUUCGGGUUCCUGGCCCGGGACAGUAUUCUGGACGGGUCGGAAAUAUUUGCCAUCCCUUCCCCGGCGUCUCGUCGCAGGAGUCAGCAGCAGAUCCUUGAAAUUGGCUCAGCUCGGUCGCGGUUGCUGGAUUAUGAGAGGGGUCAUCAGCCUCAGAUGGGUUCAGAUGUGCGACGAUCGCGAUUUUCCAGUGAGAUGUCCACCAUUUCCAGCAACAAUAAUAAAGCUGGUGGCAGGUCGACUGGCUUGCUGGGGGCACGUCGCGUAUCUGCUGCAGAAAGGCGCGGGGGUUUCGGAAGCCGGAUGCGCAGUAUUCUGACUGGAGAUGACCCAUUCAGUGUUGCCAUGAUGAUGACGACACUCAUGAUCCCGUUGUUGUUCUUGCUGGCUCGAGAAGUGCAGAAGAACGGUUCGCUGCUGUCGGCGAAUAAUAAAUCCUGAUUGAAACUCUCUCGCUUUCCGUACUGGAAACGAUGAAGUUUAAUAUGCUGCUGGUUGGGAUGCAUACGUUUUUGAAUUUUAUUCCGUUGGAAAUCCUUUUAUACUGCUGCUGACGGUUGAAAAUGGAGCUACUGUGUGUUUCAUGCUGAAGAAUAAUCAA